CGCGGGCUCUGCGGUUCGGGUUCCCGGCGCCACUGUAGCCGCGCUGCCCUGCUCGCCGGUGGCCCCGGGCCCUGCGGGGACUGCAGGCAUCUCCGGGCGCUGGGACUCGGCGCGGACCCGCGCGUGUUCGCCCUCCCUCGGCGAGACCUAGACGGCCGGGGUCCGGGGCCAUGGAGCCGGCUCCCGCCUCGGGGGGCUCGGAGACCACGCGGCUGGUGAGCCCCCGGGACCGCGGCGGCGCGGGGGGCGGCCUGCGCCUCAAGAGUCUCUUCACAGAGCCCUCCGAGGCCCGUGCCGAGGAACCCAAACCUGCAGAGACGGGCUUUCAACACUGCCACAGGGACCCGCUACCACCGCAGCCUGGGCUCAGCCCUGAGCGUCUGCAGGCACAGAGGCAGCUCUGUGCUGCCUGUGCCGUGUGCUGCGUCUUCAUGGCCGGCGAGGUGGUGGGUGGGUACCUGGCACACAGCCUGGCCAUCAUGACCGACGCCGCUCACCUGCUGGCUGAUGUGGGCAGCAUGGUGGGCAGCCUCUUCUCCCUCUGGCUGUCCACUCGGCCCGCUACCCGCACCAUGACCUUUGGCUGGCACCGCUCAGAGACGCUGGGGGCGCUGGCCUCAGUGGUCUCCCUCUGGAUGGUCACGGGCAUUCUGCUGUACCUGGCCUUUAUCCGCCUACUGCACAGCGACUACCACAUCGAGGGUGGCGCCAUGCUUCUCACCGCCAGUAUUGCCGUCUGCGCCAACCUGCUAAUGGCCUUUGUGCUGCACCAGGCGGGGCCCCCCCACAGCCACGGGUCUCGGGGGGCCGAGUACGCACCGCUGGAGGAGGGCCCCGGGGAGCAGUUGCCCCUGGGGAACACCAGCGUUCGGGCAGCCUUCGUGCACGUGUUGGGGGACCUCCUGCAGAGCUUCGGGGUGCUGGCAGCCUCUGUCCUCAUCUACUUUAAGCCUCAGUACAAGGCAGCCGACCCCAUCAGCACUUUCCUCUUCUCCAUCUGCGCCCUGGGCUCCACCGCGCCCACCCUCCGCGAUGUCCUGCGAGUCCUCAUGGAGGGUGCCCCUCGGAACAUGGGGUUCGAGGCCGUGCGGGACACGCUGCUGGCGGUGCCGGGAGUCCGGGCCACGCACGAGUUGCACCUGUGGUCCCUGACGCUCACUUACUACGUUGCCUCGGCACACUUGGCUAUUGAUGCCACAGCUGACCCGGAAGCCGUCCUGGCUGAAGCCACGUCCCGCCUGCAUUCUCGGUUCGGCUUCUCUAGCUGCACCCUGCAGGUGGAGCAGUACCAGCCUGAGAUGGCCCAGUGUCCGCACUGCCGCGACCUCUCCCAAGCCUGAGCUGCGGCCCCCACCUUCACCCCACUGCCAGGCCCAGGCUCGGCCUUGGCUGGGCUCUCAGCACCGGCCUCCCUGCUUGGGGAGCUGGGCCCUGCACCUCCCUUCUCCCUCCUUCCACCUGCUGGCUUCCCAGCCCCCAACCCCGGUGGGCAAGACCAAAGUGUGUGAGUGAGGAAGUGGGGUGGGAAUCCCACUGAGCAGGUGUGCCCCUCUGGGAGCUGGGAACUCUGGGUCUCUAGGCAGGGUGGUGGUGGAAGUCCUGGGAUCCUUUCUCCCUGAGGUCUGAGGAGCCUCUUGUGUCCAUUCCAGGCCUCUCAUGGCUGCUGGAGGUGUUUCCCCCACCUCCCAUGUGUGUCUGUGUGUGUUGGUGUGCCUACGCCUGGGGGAGGUCUGCCGGGGCCCCCUCCCCUCAUGGCCCUCGCUCUGUCUAUGCAGGAGCCCUGAAACUCGCACUUUGUCCCAGUGUCCCUGCCCUGUGGUCUCGUCUCUGUGUGCCUGUGUCUCUCGGUGCUGUGGCCUGUGUGUCUCUGUGCCUGUGUGGCUGUGCUAUGGUCCCUCCAAGUCUGCGCUGUCCUUGUGUCCCUUGGAGGCAUCAGUCUGUCCAUCCAUCUGUUGGUGCUGUGCCCUCGGCUAACCCAGGGAGAGGGAGGACUCCACUGCAGCUCCACCAAUAAUAAACUUGUGUCUGAUCGCA